AUGGGUCACUCACAAGUCGCUGCCACCAACAACCAGAACUUGCUGCUCAUUCCUGUCGGGGCACCCCUGAAGCCAUCCUUUGUGUCCCCUGCUUGCUCUUGGGUCUCUGCCAAAAUGAAUAGCCCGGGCGCCGCGGUCACAGGGCCCUCGGGGAGGGGCGCCCCAGAAACUCAUCCUAUCUGUGGAAGCGGAGGGAAGGAAAACUGCGCCUUGGAGGGGCGGAGGGAGUACUCGCCGCCGCGGUCUAAUCGCGCUCCAGUCUUCUCACUCGAUUUAAACCGCUGGCAGCCUCCGAGACGUUUGGAGGCUGUGACUGGCACUUCCCUUGCAGCAGGUACUAGUGAAGACUCAGGACUGACAGGAGAUGGUUUCCAGGAAGAUGACAAAACUAAUGAAGGGACUACAUCAAGUAUAUAUAUUUCAGCAACCCCAGAAGCAUUUACUGCAGAUACGAAUUCUACCAACCUUGGCGAGGAUACAAAUCAGUUAGAGUUUAUAUUAAUGGUGUUGAUCCCAUUGAUUUUGUUGGCCCUCCUACUUUUAUCUGUGGUACUCCUUGCAGCAUACUAUAAAAGAAAGAGAACUAAAAAAGAGCCUUCUAGCCAAGGAUCUCAAAGUGCUUUACAGACCUGUGAACUGGGCGGUGACAACCUCAAAGUCCCUAUUUUCGAGGAGGACACUCCUUCUGUUAUGGAAAUAGAGAUGGAAGAGCUGGAUAAGUGGAUGAGCAGCAUGAAUAGAAAUGCUGACUGUGAAUGUUUGCCUACUCUGAAGGAAGAAAAGGAAUCAAACCACAACCCAAGCGACAGCGAAUCCUAAAACGGAACGGUGCUCAUGUUUUGCAAGAGAAGUAACCCCAGGGGAGCCUGCUGGGCCCGCCAAUAGACGAUGAAGAGGACGCGAGUUUAAUUAAUUUCAAAUCAGUGUAGACAGAAGAACCUUUGCCGUUUCUUCCAGUGCCCACUCUCCGCCCGACGGCCUCGCAUCCCUGGAAGCUGUGGAGGAGCCGAGGAGGCGCCUGGGUGGCCUCCAGCGAGCGGCUCAGGCCUGGGAGGGGUCGCAGGAGGCCUGGCCUCCAGCAGUGGGCGUCCCCUCCUCCAGGCCGCCCUGACCUCCUCACUCCGGCCUCUCUGUCCGACUCCUUCUCACCUUUCUGCUUCAUUUCUCAGAGUUUAAAUCAGGAAGCUGUUUAAUCUAUGGUUUCCUUCUGGGUCAACUUAUUACCUAACCAGCUUUAGAUAAUUUCCUCUCAUUAUUCAAGAUCUCUGGCGAGUCCUCUCCAUGCAGCAGGACCUUUUCUCUGAGGAGAGGUAGGUAGAGGACGAGACACCAGGCACAGCGAGCAUUUCAGUGUCUACACCAUCCCCCGGGCUUUCAAAGCUUGCUUCCACCAGCCAAGAAAAUCCAGCGAGAGAGUAAGUGUGGGUCCUGCGGAGAUGGUGUUGGGCUCCUCGUAGACUUUGAUGAUUCAGCCACCGUCUGGUCGCCUUUCCAGUCACUGUUGGGGAAUUCUCCGAGGAACUAGGACGCAUCCUUCUCAGCUAACAUGGCCUCUGCUUGUGCCCUUUCCCAGGCACCUUCGUGCUUCACCACACCGGCCUUGCCCAUAGGACGUGGGCGGGGAGUGGGUGCAGGAGGGAGUCGUCUGUCACCCUUCUCAUCUCAGGGAUCUUUAAACUCUGUUGAAAUCGGUUGGGGACAGGAAGUAUCUGUGCAGUGCAGCUUCCUACUGAGCCAGGCCCAGCUCCUGUCCUCGCAUCCCGGCAGCUCACUCUGGGUCUGCCCGAAUGUGUUGCUAUCCUUGUGUUCAAAAGAUUGGCACAAAAUGCACAAGGGCCGGUAAGACCGCUCCCCUCACACAAAAAUCUGUUUCCCAUUUAUUCCUUAGUUUCCUAUUCUCACGUUAAAAAGAACAGCCCGGCAAAUGGAGAGUCUUCGGCUUCCUUAGGACCAUUGACAUUUUAUUCCAGGAAAGAAAUGAAAACUGAAAUCUUUAUUUUAAUUGCAUGGAAACCGAGGAGAGGGGACGUGAACCGGACUUCUGCUGCUGAAACGGGUGUGUGCUGGAAAGGCUGCCUUCAUGUAUAACAGACCCCCAUCUGCCUUUUACAGGUACUUGCUUUCUGAAGUAUUCAGAAAAUUUUCAAGGCAGAGUUCCAGGCCCAAUAGGGCUCUCUGUACAACGAAUGCCCAGACUGUCUGGCUGUGUUUAACUCCUGCUGUCACGCUCUCCGGGGCUGCUUAGAGCUUUGACAAAAGGCAGUCAUCCUGUCCUAUAGCCACGACAGCUCUGUCUGCCAUCUUUGCAUUAGCACAUCCUUACACGGCUUUUUAUUUUCACUGCUAUUUUGCAUACUCAUAAAUCCACUUACAGUCCACAGAGACUCUCAGAUAUUUAUGCCAAAAUUGCUGCUUUCUGAAUCAUCCCAUCUUAUCUAUUUUAUACCCAUGUUUGUUACUUUAAGUGUGUCUCUUUCUCAGAAGAGUCUCAGUUUGCCCUUCUGGGUAUCUAAGAUCUUUGCUGAACACUCAGGCCUUUACCCUUGGUAUGACCUUAUCACAUGGUGAACUUUGGAAGUUCUCAGAAGUAUGAGGGGUCCUGGAAUCUCAUUUGAUAAAACAAGACUGUAUGAUAUCAUAAAAUAUUUCAUUUAGUGUUUUUAAACAACUUCAAAUUCCAGAAGAAACAAACCCCAGCAAGAUGCCAUUGAGUUUAUGUCAGAAAUGUACUGACUUCUAUAAAUGCACAGUGUACAAGUUACUUUUUAAAAAGACAUUUAUUCCAGCAAGAUCCAUGGAGUUAGGAUAGGUCAAAACGGUCACUGAAUAAUCCUAGCACCAGACGUCUUUUUAUUACUAUCCAAUCAGUGUGUCUCAUGAAUGCAAGACAACUCCAAGAACAGCUUUCAACCCAAACUUAAUUUUAUGUUUCAGAUUAUUAGCAAAGUGAUGUUAUUGUUUCCCCUAAUUGGAUAGCCAAUCAAAGCAGAAUCUGAUUUUAAAAUAGUUUGAAGAAAUGUUUUGUUGCAUUCUUUGUCACUUUAAGCUGACUAGGCUAAUGACACUGCCCAGUCAAACACCUCAGGAAGCUUGUAAUAAAUGUAUAAAAAUGCCGAUCUGUCACUCUUAGUCCAGUGCUGUGACUCCUCUCUCCAGGAAGGACCCAGCAUCCACACCCAAGCACAAAGCCCGGAUCAGCAGUGGCAUCCAUGGGGUCGCAGGUGCUUCCUCUGACUUUCAUAGCUGUAGCCGUGGAAAUAAUGUCAACAUAAAUGAAUGCUUUUGAAAACUACUUCAAUUUUUUCAUUUUGGUUGUUUAAGCCAUUAAUUUAUACCAUCUCUGGUAAGAUACCUCACACUGAGUAAACAAAAGUAUAGGUACUAGUUUCAGCACCUGUUAGAAUUAGAGCAAAUUCCGAACCUAGUGGGGUGAUAAGACUGUUUCCCCUGGGAAAGUGCUGCUGAAAUUCUCCUGGUGGGGAAAAUAUUGAAAUUGUAUACUGAAUAACACAUGUGACUUUUUCACAUUUAGAAGACACGCAGGAUGAGCUCUGGGGUUUCUUUUUGAUAGCUACAAGCAAUGUAGCUGGGGGAGGUGGCCACACACCUGUAAUCCUAGCACUCUGGGAGGCUGAGGCAGGAGAAAAAUACAAAUAAAGAAACAAUAGAGUCCAGAGCAGCAUCAUUUGCAGAUGCAUUUCUGCAACAUAACAAUGUCUGGAAGAGCCCCUGUAUGUCAGGGAACCUUCAGUCCAUCUAAUUUGGUACUGAUAAUUGUAUAGCUCAAAUAACCAAUUACCUGAAUCUUUUUAUUUGUUUUUUCAGCUGCACUUUGGCAUUGCCUUGAUAUUGUCUUGCUUGGCAUCAAAAUUUGAUUUUCCUCUUAGUCUUCUGGGAGGGAAGGUUGCUACUUGUAUGUACUUGUUUUGUUGUUGUUUGUUUUUGUCCUACAUUUUCUUUUUUUCUACUACCUUUUCUAAGUAACAUCUCAUGCUCAUGAGAUAGCAAUUCAUAUAAAUAUGUUAAACAGGGCUUUUAAGGGAUGCUGUAUAUGACCCAAACUCUUUCUGAAAUUAUAUGGUGUUUUAAGAGGUUAAAUCCCUACCCCAAAAUGCUUCAGAUAACAUGAAGACUUUCACUUUAGCAUCGAACAAGGUUAGAAGUAUAAUGGUGAAUUGUCUCAAGACAACCAUGGGUGGAUGGGCUUUUUGUUUGUUAGCUCAGCUUCCUUUUGUGCAGGGGGCUUGGAGCCAUUUCACAUCACGUUUCCAUCAUUGGCCUUUGGUACUUCAUCAAUAAGUACUGUAGUUGGACUUUCACAAAAAAUGUACGCUUCUGUUUGCACUUCUUUGGUCUGCAUGUGAAGGGCUUAAUAGUAAGUGAACAGUAUGCACCUUCUACACAUAGAAGCAACAUUUUUUUCUGUGUAGAAUGCAGUUAAGAGUAAUCAUUGUGUUACUCUGACUUAGGUGGAAAUGUGAGAAUUCUGUAUGUUUAAUAAAUAUCCAGCGAGUUAAAAAUGAUCUGGUAGAUCAACAAUAGUUUAAUACAUGUAUAUCUUGUAUUUAAAGUUACUUGAAAAUAAUAUAAGAAAGUGCUGUGUUUGAUUCUUGUUUUACAAGCAAUGCCAUAUUUUUGAGGAGGUCAGACAGAGCCAUGUGUAAAUUCUAGCUGGUACACCUCAUAGAAGGACCUCAGUACUACUGAUUAGAACUGAUUUCUGAAACUAUCAAAGCUUUAAGCCUGAUUGAACACUGUAGGUUUUUCUAAAUUUCCUAUUUUGCAUGCUGAGAAUAACAUAUAUAAUAAUAUUUUCUUGGCCAGGUAUGGUGGCUC